AUGAAUGUAGAUGCGUUCAUCGACGGCUUCAGUGGAAUCGUCGGUGCAGUAUCUUCAGUUUAUGUUGGACAACCAUUAGAUACAAUUAAAACUAAAUUGCAAACGUUUCCGAAUCAAUAUCAUAAUUUUUUUGAUUGUACAUUAAAAAUAUUUGCUGAAGCUGGUAUACCUGGAUUCUAUGCUGGAACUAUACCAUCUUUGGUUGGAAAUAUUGCAGAAAAUGGAAUCCUAUUUAUGGCCUAUGGUCAAUGUCAACGUUUAAUUUGUUCAUUAAGUAAUAAAACAAAUAAUGAACAAUUAACGACAUUCGAAAAUAUGCUCGCUGGAAGUGUUGGUUCAGUAUUUUCAUCUUUAGUUUUAUGUCCUACAGAAUUAGUUAAAUGCCGAUUACAAACAUUGAAUGAUAUGCCAAUGAGUAAUACAUCAAAUAAUAGUGAAGCUCAAAAACGCAAAAUAAGUUCAUCGUUGAGUGUAACACGACAUAUACUUCGUACGGAAGGUAUACGCGGUUUAUUUCGUGGAUUAACAGCAACAUUAGCACGUGAAUGUCCUGGUAAUGCAUGCUUUUUUGGUGGUUAUGAAUUCACACGAUCAAUUCUAAUGCGUGAAAAUGAGAAAAAAGCCGAUAUUGGUUUUUUUAAGACAUGGAUCGCUGGUGGAAUGGCUGGUGUUUGUUUUUGGAUAGUUAUGUAUCCUGUGGAUGUUGUAAAAUCUCGUAUACAAGUAUUUGAACCAUCUCUAAACUUCCCAAAAUAUACAUUAGAAAUUAUACGAAAUGAAGGCGUCAUGGCACUCUACGCAGGUUUAUUCCCAACACUCAUACGUACUUUUGUUGCUACUGGUACCCUGUUCAUAACUUAUGAACAAACUCGAUGUUUGUUUUAUCAUGUACUUUGA